GCAGAAGAUCAUUCGUACACACUCCUAAUCAUCGAAGCUUCCUAAAAAGGCUUUGUAUGGGCAAAAGAAAAAUAAAACAAUAGUGAACUAUUUUUUUCCAUUUUAACAAAAAAAAAAAAAAAAAAAAUGUCCAUCUUCCUGUUUCUGCUGCUCUUCUUCAUUGUUCCUGUCUCACCCUUCUCCUCCCCAGAUCGCUACACCAAAUCCCACGUCUCAUCCCACCAUCAAGAAUACUUGGAGCUCGCGCAUCCCCUACCGUCCGAUUUUCUAAUCCCAUCAUGUACCCACCAGAUCCUCCGCCACUCCUUCGCCAACACAAUCAACUCCCCUCCCUUUUCCACGAGCUACUCCCCGCCUUCCGAAUGCCUUCCCCCCUGGUCCUACGUCUCCCUCGAACUCCGCGCCGAAUGCAGAGGCGAACAAUACGAUCGAAUCGCCGGAUUGUGGCUAGGCGGCGCAGAGCUACUCCGCACCAGCACAGCCGAACCGACCAAGUGCGGAAUCUUCUGGAAAGUUCGAAAGGACAUCACCAGGUAUUCCUCUCUCCUCUCACGCUCUGACCUCAACGUCACCAUGAUGCUUGAAAACAUCGUCAACAACUUCUACACCGGCGUUUACCAUGUUGCCGUUACGUUCCUGUAUUACAAGGAGAACGCCGACGAGGAUCAGUCACUGGUUUACCAUCAAAACUUCGGGUUUCUUAGGGAGAAACAACAGAAGGGUGGGGUUCGUUCCUGGCAAGGUCUAGCGGGAUUAUAUGAAACACCUGCCGAUUUUAUAAUCCCGAUAUCCGAUCGGGGCAACAGGGGAUCUUGGUUCAGAAUCGAGAGCGAAUCGGAUGUGUAUUCCCAGAGAAUUCGAAUUCCGCGGAAUACUUACCGAGCCGUGUUGGAACUGUACGUGUCCUUUCACGGAAACGACGAGUUUUGGUACUCGAACCCGCCAAAUUCGUACAUCGAAACGAACAACUUGACCACUGGACGAGGUAACGGAGCUUACAGAGAGGUUUUUGUGAUAGUCGACGGAAAGUUUGCCGGGUCGGAGGCUCCGUUUCCGGUCAUGUUCACGGGUGGGGUGAACCCGUUGUUUUGGGAACCGGUUGUGGGGAUUGGAGCGUUCAACCUUCCUAGCUAUGACUUCGAUUUGACACCGUUUCUAGGCCAGCUUUUGGAUGGCAAGGUUCAUAGCUAUGGAUUUGGAGUGAGCGGAGGCAUUUCGUAUUGGCUCGUGAAUGCGAACUUGCACCUUUGGGUGGAUCACAAAGCAUCGAAGAGGCUCAAAGCUCGAUCUGUUGUUUAUAAUAGUCCUCGACUAAAGAUCAAACGUCGAGAAGAUUUCAAGCUUCUUGAUGGGUCAUUCAAGGUACAGGCAGAAAGGAAAGCCCAGUUCGGGGGGUGGGUCAAGUCCAGCGCAGGAAACUUGACCACGGUGUUCUCGCAAGAUUACAGGUUGAAGAGCUCGGUAAAUUUCGUGAAGAAUGGAGCUUAUAAAUUGGUAAAGCAGAAGGUAAAGGCGUGGAGAGAGGUGGUGGUGAGGAACGAAGGAGGUACAGCGGUUACUCGUUUAAGCGUUAGGAGGACAUACCCCCUGAGUGUCAUUACCUCAACGCAACCGGGACCGCAGAGGAAGAAGGAUACGUAUUUGCUUGUCACGAAUGUUAGCCGUGCAUUGAGUGAGAGGUAUUCGCAUGGGGACUUUUCGAGCCUCGUUUACUAUUCGCAGGAUAGUAGAGGGUGGAUGGAGGUGAGGGAUCAUUCGGUACUCUCCGGUUCGGCACUUACUCGACAGAGGUUUAGUUACAGGGAUUUGUUCAAGUGCUAUUCGCGCUCUGUGGAAGCGGCCGAUGGUAAGCUCAUUGGAAGCAAUACCACCACUGAUUGCAUUUCUUCCUUCUAAUCUUCCGCUGCACAGGAAUUCUUGUUCAAUAACUCACCGAAUAAUAAUAAUGGUUGCGAUCCGUGUGAUGAUUGCGGGUCACAUCUUUGUCACUCUACUUACUUGUCUACGUCAUUUUGUAUCAUAAUGUAAACUAAUUGGAACUGCUGGUUUUGUUUUCUA